GAGGGGUACCGCCCGGCACUCGACAAGCAGCGGCGGCGGCGGCCGUGGCGGCAACGUUCUCUGCCCACACGCUACGACAAACGGAGUCUCCCUCCUCUCUCUUCUCCCACUCUCAUCUCUCCCCCACGUUUUGGCCGCUCUCUCUCCCUCGUUUAUCGCGGCGGCAAGCGGCAAGCCGUCGGCGACGCUAGGCGCUGCUGCCAGCAACGAGUCCGGCGUAGCGUUGCCUCGAUCGCUAACGACUGAGUCGCGCCGCUACGCAUUUCACUCGAAGACGUCGUCGUCCGUGGCUCGUCACCGCCGCGCGAAGGAAAUUUCUGCCAUGUUUUUCAAGUUGCUGCGGAACCACGGAAGGCACAGUUCCAGACCUCCGGACAAAUCGAAGAGCGGCCGAGACAAGGCCGAACACCCGAAACCGAACGGCAGCACCAAAGUCGCAACCGAAUCAACCGAAGUACAAUGCGACGUGGGAGGCAACCCCGAAUCUAGUCCCCUAAUUGAGCACGAGUCCAGGACCAGCCCGAACGGCCAGGGUGCUGAGGCCGAUGAAACCAGGCGCGUGCUAGAAGAAAACCUGCUCUUGCAACAGGAACUGAAAGAAAAAUGUGAUCUUCUUUCGAAGCUGGAGGAAGAACUCGAUCAACGAGACGAUGCAGCCGGCUUAGAGGGAUUAGACCGGAUUACCUCCUUGCCUGUCAGCCGACGCACGCAGCAACGCGAGGAGCUGCGCGUGACCAAGGAAGCCCUGAGCAGCCUGCGCCAGUGUUUCCGCCUGGACGACCCGUACCAGCACACGCUGGACACCAUCGAGCAGUCCCUGUGCACGCUCCUCGAGCGCGUCACCAGCAUGGAGAGGCAGGCCGCGGGGGGACCUGCCGGAAGGGACGGAGGACGAAGAUUGAACUUCGAUUCAACGGGCGACCCCCGACGGCUACCAAUUACAACGUUAGAAGAGUUCCCCGUGCAGCGGCUGGAUCCACUGCAGUCUCUUGGCCGGGCACAGGCGUCCACCAAAGUCAUCUACUACACCGAGAAGUCGGUCACUCCCUUCUUGUCAGUCAUCCCCAGAAGACUCGGCGACAUAACACUUCGAGACUUCAAAGUAGCGUUUGACCGGCCAGGGCUCUACAGGUUCCACUUCAAGACGCUAGAUCCGGAGUUUGGAAUGGUCAAAGAGGAGGUUCUACAUGACGAUGACAUCAUCCCUGGCUGGGAUGGAAAGAUCGUUGCUUGGAUCGAAGAAGACAUUUGACACUGGCCAGCAGAUACCUCCCCGCUUCAUCCUUGGUUUCAUCUGUACAUAACAUUCGUCUUUGUGUGGAACGGUCCAUCAGGAGCAUCGUUCCCUUACUACUGCCGAGUAUCAUGCCUAAUAUAGACGGAACCAGUAGUCGCUAAUGUAUGUAUGUUCGCUUACAAAAAAAGUGUAUUUUUUUAUAUUAAUGGCGUGAUUUUUUUUUAAUUUUUAAUGAAUGGGUACAUCCCGAACGGGUACAAGAAAGGCACACUCAAAACACCUUCAAAGUAUAAUUAUGUAAAUUUAGGCGAUUUCCGCAUAUAACUAAUUAGUAUAGCAUUUAAAAAAAAAUGAACUCGUCAUCUAGCUUUGAGAUUCAAACCCCCAGGGUACCGUAUUUUCCAGACUAAAGUACGCAGACUGUACAUGUUUAAAAGCUGAAAUUCUACCCGGUGCGGGCUAUACAAGGAUUUGUUUUUUUUUCUAUAGAUCGUUCACUGUGACAAGGCGCGAAGGAUUUUAUGAAUAACAGAGUAUAUUAAUGGUGAUUUAUGUACGAUACAAGCUUUUGCGUAAGCUAAUGCAUCAGGAAUUCUUCAAGGUGCGCUCUAUAUGAUAAUGUUUACGUUCGGAUUAGGCGCUAAGUGCGGACUAUGCACCGUGUCUGGACUCUGUGGAGUAUCUAAGCAGUCUUCUUUUUACCCUGAAUUUUCUCCCUGCGGAUUACACACCCGGAGCGCACUAUAGUCCGGAAAAUACGGUAGCUUAAUUUUUGGCGUGGAAAAUAGAAACCACAAGAACCUCAAUAAUCUUUUUUUUUCCUUUUUGUUUGACUUUUAAUAUGGUUCGCCCGUCAACGGAUAAAUUAAAGUCAAAUAUUAAGUCUGAGCUGUGAACUCGGGUUUACAAACUACGAAGUUACCAAUGCUUGAGCUUUGAGUGGUGUGUUCGCAAAUAGUCUAAUUAUAUCGUCUUUCUUAAUAUUUACCGUAAUAAUGUUUUACUUGAGAAUUGUAUAUAGUUGACUAAAAGUCAUAAACAGGGCAUCUUUUUCGGCCACAAAAUUAGCGAGCGCCUUUGGUGUCAUUUCGUCCUCGCUGAGUCUCGCAUGUAGCCCAAGCACCAUUGGAAAAGAGGCUGUCAGAGCUCGUGCCUUCCGAAAGUGCAACGCAACUUUUAUCAGUGACUGCGGGCAGCUGUGUUUUUAAACGUUUGGUCGCAGCUUUUGUGAUUUGUAACUUAUGCGCAAGUGCAAUCCAGACAAGGUGAUAACCAUGCAUAUACAACGUUGGAAACGACACGUGUACCUUGGAAAGUUAAUAAAUUCAAAAGUAGAGGCAGCUUUUUUAUUGAUGUAA